AUGGCUGAAGAUGGUGAGGUACUUCGCCAGCUCUGGGACUCCUACUUGCCCGUCGCCUUUCACCUCUCUUCGAAUGAUCUGCACGCCAUCAAGGACCCGGAGCCUUACUACUCAAUGGUGCCUCGGCUGAGCUACUUCACGCUAGUCAUCGACAAGGUGGUCGUCUACUUCUCGCAGUUCAUCGACUCCAGCGCCAAGUCGGCGGCCAACCUCUGGCUAGACUUUCUAGGCGUCCCGCUCAAGCUAAACUACCCUAUCGGCCUUCUCUACGACCUCUACGCUGCCGACAUUGAGCUUCCCUGGAUCAUCACGGUCAACUUCGAUAACUUCCCCUCCGAGCAGCUCGUCCGCUGCAACACUCGCCCCUCCCUCGAAUCGACGUACAUGUACGCCCUUAAGGAGGCCGACGUCCUCAAGCACCGAACGCCUCGGGUGAAUACAAUGCAAAAGCGGGACCACACCGCCCUUUGGAAGGGCCUUCUCGACUACAAGUUUGACGCCUUCUGGAAGAUCAACCGCCGGCUGAUGACGCCAGAUGAGCCCAUCACCACCAGCUCUUCAUCAGCAACAAAUGUGGCCGAGGAGGUGACCGAAAAUCACAGCCUCACCCCCUGCGUCGGCACCUUCCGCCACGUUCCUUUUCGCCUGUAUCUGGUGAAGCCUGGAGCGGAGGUUCAACAUCCGCUGUACCUGCAGAAGUUGGUCAGUCCGCUCCUAGAGCCACCUGAAGAUAGAGGAUCAACUUCAUCUUCUUCUUCUGAGCCUAGUCAGCCGCAGCAGCAGUCUUUGGCCACCUUUGGCCACCUUCUUUCGAGUGUGCUCCCCAGUCCGCCGGAAGCGCUCUCCGCGAAGUACCGCUUUGUGGUGCACGGCAUCGAGCCGUCGCUGGAGACGCCGCUGCAGUGGAUGAGCGAGCACUUCUCCUACCUCGACAACUUUCUCCACAUUGCCGUCUUUGAGAAGACGUAG